UGAUUAUACCAAUAUUUUGCACCCGCUGAAGCGUUAGGUUAAAAUCUAAAUUUAGUAAAUGUGGAAAUCCCUGGUAUGUAGUUUCUUUUUCGUGAGUGCGGCAGAUUUCAUAGACAAACCGUGGUAAAGAGUUUGGCGAAAAAGAAAUAAAAUGCCUCGAAAAAGAGUGGCAACGUUGGGGAAUGCGAAAUCAACUAAAUCAUUGGAUAAGAAAAGUCCCAUGGAAGAUACAGACAUGGAUUGGAGAGAAACAAAGACAGCAGAACAAUGUUUGUCACAUCUUUGUCUGUCAGAACACCUGUCUGAUAUCUGUUUUGUCUUCAAAAGCCAUAAAGAUGUUAAACUUCCGGCGCAUAAAUUUGUAUUGAGCAUGCGCAGUCCCGUAUUUGAAGCGAUGUUUUACGGUACACUGGCAGAAGGAGGAAGUACAAUAUCUAUUGAAGACAUAGAACCUGAAACAACGAAGGAUCUUCUGAGAUUUGUGUAUUCAGAUAAGCCGCAGUUGGAUGGAAGUAACGUCUUACGCUGCUUGUACGCUGCAAAGAAAUAUGCACUAACGGGUCUUGUGAAACAAUGUUCUUCUUUCCUUGAAAGUAACAUUGAUCCCAGUAACGUAUGUUCGAUCCAUGAACAGGCUGUUUUCUAUGAAAUUAAACCCCUGCAAGAAAAAUGCUUCGAUUACAUCCUAGAGAAUGCAUCUGACGUAUUUUCUGCAGAAGGUUUUUCGAGCAUAUCUCAUUCGACACUGCUAAAUGUACUUAAACAUGACGAAUUGUCAGAGGAUGAGGUAAAUAUCUUUAAGGCAGCGUUAAAUUGGUCCAAACACAAUUGCAAAGCAAAGAACAUUUCUCCAGAUGCAAACAAUUUGCGGGAAUGUCUCGGAGACGCAUUGUAUGAAAUUCGCUUUCCGAUUAUGCCAAUAGAGGAGUUUGCUAUGGUUGUAACCCCAACUGGAAUACUUACCAGCGAGGAGCAGGUUCAAGUUUAUCAAUACAAUGCAACAAAAGGAUCUACCCCGCUAGAAAACUUUGUUCAUCGUGAAAGAACCAAUAUGUUUGUUACCAUUGAUUUGACGGACGACGUCAGUUCUCAAUAUAUGUAUUACGGAUCUUACGAUCGAACAUACGGCGAAGGAAGUUUGCUCGAAAUAAGCACAGAUGAAUAUCACGCAGAAGACCUUGGAGAUAAACAAACGCACAGGAAACUCGUGAAGAUCAAACAUAUUUCCGGUUCAUUUGUUGAAAACGUUAAAAGAAUUACUGACCAAAAUGGUGCUUGCGUUGCUAACUACAAAAUAGCGGGAAACACAAUAACAUUCCAGAGUGCUUUAGCUAUGACAAAUGGUGGUGCUAUAAGAUUUCAUGAAACAGAAAACGUUGACGAAGAGGAAGAAGAAUAUACCUAUUUAAACUCAUAUAACUUGAGUCUAGUAAAAGAAAUAAACGGUAUUGCAUGUUGCAUUGGUAAAGUUCCCGUCGGUAUAGAAACCAUCUCCUUUGUUAAACGAAGAGCAAUUUGAUCGAGUGGACGAUAUCUUAAAAUAGUAAAGUUUCGAUUUGUUUUGUUGAUUGUUAAUGAUUUGAUGUAUACGCAUUAGUUUGUCGUAAUCGCUUUCUUCGAAAAGCAGAAUAGCGGGUGCAAUAUAUCUGUAUGAUAUAAUGAACUAAUUUGCUAACCCGCCAUUUGCUACAUGCACAUAUUUAGAACAUUACGGAAAGUACUUUUUGGAACUUAAGCAUCCAAUUAGACGACAUGUUAUCCAUAAUAUAUCAGAAUUUCAAAAAAUAACAAAUAACGAAAAGACAUAAUUUGUAUUUGUUUCAUUUUACAUCCACAUUCCACUUUUAAAAAAUAACAAAGUACGAAAUACUUACGUUUUUAAAAACGAAUGAAUGCCAUAUGUAAGAAUAUGGAGGUUUAAAUUUUGAUUUAUGCUCGAAAAUAUUUAUUACGAAUAUACUGCUCGUAUUUUUUUUCAAAAAGUAACUUCAGUAAUGUUUAAGAUAUUGGCCAAAUAAACACCGAUUAGCUGA